AUUGAUCCGCGCACUCCUCCCCAGCUUCUUCCGCAGGACUUCCCGACCCGGAUGCGCGAGGUCCGAGUCUCGGACGGCUGUUCCGACUAGGCUUCAUGACUCGCAACAAUCUCGGCGAGCAUCUGGGCUGGCUGGUCAACACCAUCCGGCGUUCGUCGCCCGCCGCGCCGCAACUGCCCGCGCCCGCUGCCCCAGAUUUGCGCGGCCGCUCUCCUGCUCCGACGUCCUUCUCGCUCGAGUCUGCCAGGUCCGAACUGGGAUCGCAGACGCGCCGGACCGGCCGUUCUUACAAUACCAAUUCUUCGACUUCCACCUCCUCCAGCUCUCUUCAUCCCCUCACUCCUCUCACACCACAGCUCUCGCGCCUGCCAGAUGAAGCCCGAUCCGCCGUUCAAACGCGGGAUGCUGACAAGGUAGUCAGGAUGGAAGCGAGAAUGGGACAGGCUUCUUCCUCCAACACCAGCUCCAAUUCCAACUCCCAUUCCAAUUCCACUGCCAACCCCAAUGGCAACCUCAAUUCCAGUCGCCCGACAUUGGCUACUCUGCAGCAACCCUUGCCCACGCCCGCAUCAACGACCGCUACCACCCCAAUUGGUCCACUUCAACGCGCCUACUCGGCCUCGCUCGCACGCACAAAUCAGCCCCGGAAUAGACCGCCGUCCCCAGUUUCUGGCAAUACUGGCGGCGCCCACAAUUCCCGUCCGACCGCGCCCAUCGCUCCUAUCCCCGACAGCGACGACGACAUGUUUUCCGACCCACUCGACUUGACCGACGUGGACAAGCACGAUGGCUCUAGUUCAGUCGUGGGCUUUGGGGAAGAAAAGAGGUUGUGGCGCGAGGACUUUGCUGAGCGGCCGGAACCAGUUCCCAGCCGCGUCAAGAAGCGGCGGAUUGACGAUAUGUCCCAGAGGCCGGUAGUAUCCAAGGAGAGAGAAGAGGGUGCCGAGGAUGAUUUCUUGGACAUUGACGACCUGAUCCCUUCCUCGUCCGUUUCAAGGUCGGUCGUGAAGCAGCGUGCGAAGUCCUCAACCGCUAGAGGCGAGAGUCCCUGCUCUCCUCUCCCUCAGAUGGUACUUGGCGGCAGCGCGUCUGCGACGAACUCGACCAGUGGGGCACGUGCCAAUGUUCACAAGGAGUCUCACAAAAGCGACCAAAAGCUGCCCCCGGGACGUUUGGAGAGGACACCGUCUCCUCCUCCUCAUGCGCCAGAUUCCACCAUAUCCAGCCGUAAGCGGAAGACGCCCUCCUCGCCCAGUGGCCGGGACGAUGAGAACCGUGAGCUAGGACCCACCUCCACGACUGAAGCCGGUAAAAGAUCCAAGAGGACAAAACCCGACAUCGUCCUAGACUCGGAGGACGAAUUCAUGACACCGCAUACACACCAAUCCACCGUGGAUACUAAGCCAGACAUCGAUCCGGCCAAGAACUCCCAGAUGGCUGGCAACGAUCAAUGCAGAGAUGCCGACCUCACAUCGUCCCCUACCAUACAGAUUCCAUCAAAGGCGGUGCUGAACUCGCUGGAUCGUCCAGCGACUCCGCAAGGGAACACUGCUGCUGGGAGUUUCACCAGUGAUACAAUUGAAGAAGCUCGUUCCGACGAAGUGCUGCCGUUUCAGGAGACCCCGAACAAGCAAGCUCCGCAGGGUUCUGCAGAUUCCGAAGUCAAACGAAACAAGCAUAUCCUGGAUCUGUUCUUCUCACGCCCUUCCGUGCUGGAGAGUAAGAUGCAGUUCUUCAUUGAUCAACUGAACAGAAACAAGGAGGAAUUUACCAAGUGCCUCCGCGAUAACGCACCAAAGGAAGAACGCGACCGCGUGCGCAAUGCUCGGAACGCCCUACUGCAGAAGCAGAAGGCGUUGGACACCAUUAAAAGUGAUCAUAGGUCUUUAAAGGACUUGUGUACUAAACGCGAGGAGAUGCUGACCGACCUGGGGAACGCGUUCGCGGACGGUCUUGACACAACGGAAGAUGAAGCCCGACUGGACGAGAUGUCGGAGGAAAUCAAAGCCAAGGAGGCGGCACUCAUCAAGAACCUCGUCUUUGCUGGCAUCGACGAUCCUGACUUUCUCAAAGACCCGAACGACUCUAUCGCGGUGCCUGACUCACCAGCCACUCCCGUCGUCUCCGCUACACAGCCAUCGUACAAGCUCGGUCUAAGACCCCCGUCCAGUCAACAGGCAGUCAUUCCGGAAUACAACUCACAGGUUGUCUUGCAGACACAGCCACUUCAGACCCGGACCCGUGAAGCUACCGCCGUGAGCACAUCACAGAACACGUCCAGACCACCGUCGGUUCCUUCAUUUUCAGAGGCUGGAGGCGGUAGCCUAAGGACAUCCAACCUUGCUGGUGCGGAUAAUACCGAGGAUACAGCUAUAGAGAUUGCCGAUGACGACAUGUUUGACGCCAUGGGUGACGACAGUUGGAUGGCAUUGGACAACCCCCCUGUUCCGUCACAGGUGAACCCUCCGAAGACGCACACGAAGACACCAGCCAAGAGCAAAGUUACGCCCGUGACUGAUUACUUUGACGAUGCUAGUGAUGAAGAGGAAAUGCUGGCCGUUGCGAACAGCUUCGAGCAGCAGCAGGCGAUGCUCGCCACGCCCCUGGACGCACACCGAGCACGGUCAGUGUUAUCGGAGUCGUCAGCGACUGCUGGUCCUCCUCCGAGAAAAAGAGCGGCAGCCAGGAUCGAGGCUCCGCGCCAGCCCAAAGCCUCGAUCAACUCAGAAUUGAUGAAAUAUCCUUGGUCCGAAGAUGUUCGCCGCGCACUGAAGGAUCGUUUCAGGAUGACGGGAUUCCGCCGCAACCAGCUUGAGGCCAUCAAUGCUACCCUCGCCGGCAAAGACGCAUUUGUGUUGAUGCCCACGGGCGGUGGCAAGUCCCUUUGCUAUCAGCUGCCAGCGAUGGUCAACUCGGGCACCACCCGCGGCGUCACCCUGGUGGUCUCGCCUCUGCUGAGCCUGAUGAACGAUCAGGUAGCCCAUCUUGAACGGCUCAAUAUCCUCGCCAAGUCCUUUAAUGGAGGCAUCAGUAAUGAGCUUCGCAACCACAUUUUGGGCGUUUUCAACCAGACCAAUCCGGAGCAUUUCGUCCAGCUGCUCUAUGUGACUCCUGAGAUGCUCACCAGCAGCCCGGCUUUCAGAAGAGGCGUCGACACGUUGUAUCGGAAAAAGAAGCUCGCGCGCAUCGUGAUCGACGAGGCCCACUGUGUGAGCCACUGGGGCCACGACUUUCGGCCGGAUUACAAAGCCCUGGGACAGUUCCGACGAUCGUAUCCCGGCGUCCCCGUUAUGGCACUGACAGCCACAGCGACCAGGAACGUGAUCGCCGAUAUCAAACACAACCUGGGCAUGGAAGACUGUGAAGUCUUCUCACAGAGCUUCAACCGGCCCAACCUAUUCUACGAAGUCCAACCCAAGCAGACACGCUUUAUCGCGGGCAUGGGCGAAAUGAUCAAGACCAAGUAUGCGGGACAGAGCGGCAUUAUCUACACGCUCUCGCGCAAGUCGGCCGAAGGUACUGCACACACGCUCUACACUAAGCAUGGGAUCGAGGCUCGUCACUACCAUGCUCAGAUGGACCCCGAAGCCAAGCUCGAGGUCCAGGAGAAAUGGCAGAGAGGGGAGAUCCAGGUCGUGGUGGCUACGAUUGCCUUUGGCAUGGGGAUCGACAAGCCGGAUGUGCGUUUUGUCAUCCAUCAGAACAUGCCCAAGAGCCUGGAAGGCUACUACCAGGAAACCGGGCGUGCGGGCCGCGAUGGACAGCCUUCUGACUGCUAUCUCUAUUUCUCCUACGCCGAUAUUCCCGUGCUGAGACGAAUGAUCAACGAGGACAAGGACAAGGUCAAGGAGGAGAAGGACAGGCAGCAUAUCAUGAUCAACCGCAUGAUCACGUACUGCGAGAGCUUGCAUACCUGCCGUCGGGUCCAGAUUCUGCAGUACUUCGGUGAGAAGUUCGACGCCGCUGAAUGCAACAACAUGUGCGACAACUGCCUCAGUGGGCAGACGAUUGCAGGUGCUACGCUGGAAGACUUCACAGAUUGCGCCGUGGCUCUCCUCAUGGCCGUCCGCGAACAGCACCAGCUCACGUUGGGGAAACUGGUCGAGAUCGUGACAGCAAGCAAGAACGUGGGGAGACACCAAGGCAUUGCUGGCUUCGGUCGCUGCAGGGGGAUGAAAAACCACGAAGUCCAGCGGGUCGUCAUGGUUCUCCAACACGAGGGCGCGCUGACCGACGUACAAGUGAUGUGUGAGAGCAACGGCAUUCCCGUCACUAACUACGAACUCGGUCCUGCGGGCCCAGAAUAUCUCGAUGGCGACCGCCGGCUACGGUUGGAAGUGCCGAGAUCCAAUCCGCCGGCCGCUCGGGGCAGGAAACAAGGUCGGGCUGCUACCCUCGAUAAUGCAUCGGCGGGUUCCUCUAAGGCGACCCGGACCCGACGACCCCCACCGUCGACAAACGUUUCUUCGCCUGUCCCUGCUAUGUCGAAGAGACAGAAAUCAAAAUCAAUCGCCACGACGCUGCUGGACGAAGAGGACAGCGACGGGGAAAGCGACGCCGGGCGGGACCUGACCGCCCACGGCUACGACAAAGACGGGUUCGUGGUUUCGGACCAGGAAAUGGAGGAGGACGCCUUCGACCCUGUACCUCCCCGCCGCCGCCCUUCGCCGAAGCGGCGCCAACAAACGCUGGACGAACUCGGCCCGCCCAUCUCGCGCGACACAUGCCUUGAGGAAGCUGGAAUCGACGACGUUCAUAGGGACAUCGUCGACGCAUUCGUUGACAGAGCCCACGAGAUGGAAGAGAACGUCCGCAACAAGAAUGGUCUCCGCCGCCCCAUUUUCACGGAACAGCAGUACCGUGAGAUGGCAAUCCGCUGGACGACCACUGUCGCCCAAAUGUACACCAUACGCGGAGUCGACAAGUCGAAGGUGGACCUAUACGGCGCUAAGUUCGCCGGGCUCGUGCAGCAGUUCUACAAGCAGUACCAGGAAAUGAUGGGCAAAGCGACGCAGUCGCCCUCGGCGGCGGCCGAAAUCGCCCCAAAGAACAGCAAGAAGGAAUUCGUCGACCUCAUCAGCGACGACGAAGACUAUGUCAUCAGCGAGCCUCCCCGCUUCCGUUUCCGGCGUGGACAAGAGGUGUAUAGCGAGGACGAGGACCAAGACGACGACGAAGGCGAGGACGAACUCGAGGAGGAGAUCGUGGAUGAGGGCGAAGAUGACGAGGACGAGGAUGACGAAGCGCUUGAAGCCUCCCGCUACUUCGCCGACGGCGCCUCCCGAUCGUCGUCAACUCACACCGCCGACCCCACAGUCCAACAAUGGCACCAGCGGUUCGAAGAGCUCAGCAAGGCAGACAGAAGGAGGGCCAAGGCGUCGUCCAACAGCAACGAGGUCGCCGGCCGGAUCUCGCGACCCGAGUGGAGGGGCGGAAAGAAGCCGUUCUACGCCAGGAACCGGAAUAAUAGGAAGGGAAGCUCCUCCCGUGGUGGCGGUGCGUCGUUCUCGCGGUCCAACUCGACAGGCGGCGUGUCCAAGCGCAGGGGAUCCGUUGGAUCUACCAGCCGACAGCCCGGAAGGGGCAAUGCAUCGGCAGGCAGCUCGCGGACCAAGUCUGCGUUUGGAAGUAUGAAGGCUGGCGCAAGCAGCGGCAUCUCCACCAUGCCUUACUGAAAUAUCUCGGUUGCGACAAG